AUGGCUCCGCGCUCGCGUCCUCUCGCCUCCGUUCUCAUCUUCGUCGCUUUCGUGUCGGUGUGUCGCGGUCUGAACGGCGACGACGACCCGUCUCAGGACGCCGAGUGCAAGACGAAAAGCGUGACCGUGUCGGCGCUGCCGUUUCUCCGGGAGAAUGACCUGAGCAUCAUGCACAGCCCGUCGGCCUCCGAGCCCAAGCUGCUCUUCUCCGUGCGCAACGACUUCCCCGGCGACAUCGCGGUGGUGGACGACCUGGAAAACACAGAGCUGCCUUUCUUCGUACUCGAGAUUUCUGGGAGCUCGGAGGACAUAGCCUUGGUGCGCUGGAGGCAGCAGUGGCUGGAAAAUGGGACACUGCUUUUCCACAUCCACCAUCAGGAUGGCAAUCAGAAUGCUGCGGGCGUGGACACUACUGAAGACCCAGGUAGCGACACUGUAGCAGAGGAGGAGCUGCGCAUUCUGCACAUCUCUGUAAUGGGUGGGAUGAUUGCUCUGCUGCUUUCAAUCUUGUGCUUGGUGCUGAUCCUGUACACGCGGAAGCGCUGGUGUAAGAGGCGUCGCGUGCCUCAGCCCCAGAAGAGCGCGAGCGCCGAGGCAGCUAAUGAGAUUCACUACAUUCCAUCUGUGCUGCUGGGUGGGCAGGCGCGUGAGAGCUUGAGGAACUCCCGGUGCCAGGGUGCCAACGCCAGCGGCACUCUCAGUAUCCGUGAGACGCCCAUCCUCGAUGGUUACGAGUAUGACAUUGGUGAGCUGCGCCAGCACCUGCAGCGUGAAUGCAUGAAUGGUGGUGAGGACUUCGCCAGCCAGGUGACACGCACACUUGAUUCGCUUCACGGCUGUAAUGACAAGGCCAACGUGGAUCUCACCCCCGGGAAUGACAAUACAAAACUGUCCCUAAUGAGCAAGUACAAGGAUAACAUCAUAGCCACCAGUACCGUUGACAGCAAUCACCAGCAAAACACGCUCCUCCCACACAACACCUCCACCAACCAGCGCAAGCGUCUGUCCAGCAACACGCGCGCGGGUUCAGCUUUCCUGAACCCGGAUGGGGAUUCUGGGCCUGAGACAGAUGGCGAGCCACAGCUCACCUUCUACACUGACCCCAACCGCAGCCGUCACCGCAGCCGAGGUAUGAGAAACGGUAACGCCAACCCAGCGUGGGGCUCCGGGGGCUCCCCACGCAGUCCCAUCAAUAAGACCACCCUCACUUUGAUCAGUGUGACGAGUUGUGUGAUCGGCCUGGUGUACUCCUCUCACCUGUCAUGUGGCCUGAAUGUGCGUGUGGUCCUUCAUGUACCUGAGCAUCUCAUUGCUGAUGGUUCCAGGUUUGUCCUGUUACAGGGUAGUCAACUGGAUGCCUCUGACUGGCUCAACCCUGCUCAGGUGCUGCUCUACUAUCAGCAGAAUGCCAGCGGGCCAUGGCUCAGUGAGCUGUGUGGUCGGCGCCUUGUUGACCCCUGCGAACACCAGUGUGAGCCUGAAACGGGUGAAUGCCAGUGCUUUGAUGGGUAUAUGAAAGACCCUGUUCACAAGCAUCUCUGCAUUCGCAAUGAAUGGGGACCGAAUCAGGGUCCUUGGCCAUACACAAUUUUCCAGCGUGGUUUUGACUUGGUGAUGGGGGAGCAGCCAUCUGAUCGCAUCUUCAGGUUCACAUACACUCUGGGAGAAGGAAUGUGGCUGCCACUGAGCAAAAGCUUUGUCAUUCCACCUGCUGAGCUGGCCAUCAACCCCUCUGCCAAAUGUAAGACAGAUAUGACGGUCAUGGAAGACGCCGUAGACGUUAGGGAGGAGUUGAUGAUCUCCUCAUCCUUUGACAGUCUGGAAAUUCUGCUGGACUCCUUUGGCCCGGUGCGAGACUGCUCAAAGGACAACGGCGGCUGCAGCCGUAACUUCCGCUGCAUAUCUGACCGAAAGUUGGACUCCACUGGUUGUGUGUGCCCCCCUGGUCUGAGCCCAAUGAAGGAUGGCACUGGUUGCUAUGACCACCACAUUGGCAUUGACUGCUCUGAUGGAUUUAACGGUGGCUGUGAGCAACUGUGUCUUCAGCAACUAGCCCCCCUUGAGGAAGACCCCACCCUUUACAAUAUCCAGAUGUUCUGCGGCUGCAUUGAGGAUUAUAAGCGUGGGGCAGAUGGCCGCACAUGUCUGCCUUUGUCUGAAUCCUGCACUGAGGGAGUGGACUGUGGCGAGACAGCCGGGAUCCCAGCCAAUCAAACCACAUUUGGAGAUGUCUUCUAUGGGUAUGACAACCGCACCAAGGAAGUCACCACAGGCCAGAUCCUGAAGGCUACCUUCAGGCAGAAGAACUUUGCACGUGGCAUAGAACAGCAGCUUCCAGAUGGCAUGGUGGUGGCAUCAGUACCAAAUGAGGCACAGUGCCGUGAGGAGCUCUCUGAUCCAGUUCCUGAUCCAGAGUAUCUCACUGGAAUGGUGAACUACAGUGAAGUUUCUGGAUAUCCCCUAGUGCAGCAAUGGAAGCUUCGUUCCAUUUUGUAUCAUGUCAGGCUUAACCAGUGGACCCUCUCUCAUGCCUUCAGUUCGGCCAUCCAUUCUUUGGAUGGUGCCACAUUGCGCAGUGACUUCGUGUCUAUUCUGAAGGAAUUUGGGAAUCAUUUUGUCCAGGAGGCAGUGUAUGGCUUUGAGGAGUCCUGCACCAUCUGGUACCCCAAUAAGCAGGUGCAGCGCAAGCUGUGGCUCGAGUAUCAGGACAUCAGCAAAGGUAACUCUCCAUCUGAUGAGUCAGAAGAACGAGAUAAAGAUGCACACACACUCACCUAUCCAGCUUAUGUAGCUAGCCUGCUGGACUCAGGAGCCAAGCGCUUGUCAGCAGGUGUGCGCAUGGACUGCAGUAGUCAGGGCCAGUGUCCACCCUCAUGCCAUCUGUGCCACAUGAGCCCUGGGACCCCAAGGCCCACAGAGCCUGUGCUACUCCAAGUCACCAAGGCAGCACCCAUCUAUGAGCUUGUCAGCAACAAUGAAACCUACCAGGCUCUGCAGGAAGCUAUGAUGAGCAUGUUAUGGUGCUCAGGGAAAGGCGAUGUCAUUGAUGACUGGUGUCGCUGUGACUCCAGUGCCUUUGGUGCUGAUGGACUGCCAACGUGUGCCCCACUUUCUCAGCCCAUGCUCAAGCUGUCCCGCUCAUAUGAGCCCAGUAGCUCAUUGGUUAUUUUGGAAUGGAAUCAUGCAGAACCACCAAUUGGUGUGCGCAUUGUUGAUUAUCUCAUCAGCCAGGAGAAAAUCACUGAGAGGACUGACCACACAAAAGUUGAAACAGAGACCAUGCUGAGCUUUGUGGACGACAUUCUCUCUGGAGCCAAAUCUCCAUGUGUGAUGCUGGGUGAAAUCCCAGAUCCACUCACUUCAAUCUCCAUGAUCAUACGUUGCCUGGAGCCUGACACCACCUACAUGUUUAGACUUUGGGCUGUGGACAACACAGGCAGGCGUUCCAGCCCCAGUGAGAUCACCAUCAAAACUCCAUGUCCCGCAGUGGAUGAUGUGAAAUCACAAGAAAUAGCAGACAAAAUUUACAACCUGUUCAACGGCUAUACAAGUGGGAAGGAGCAGCAGACAGCCUACAAUAUGUUGAUGGAUUUGGGCUCACCCACACUGCACCGCGUCCUCUACCACUACAACCAGCGCUAUGAAAGCUUUGGGGAGUUCACCUGGCGCUGUGAGGAUGAGCUUGGGCCCAGGAAAGCAGGCCUGAUUCUGUCGCAGCUUGAUGACCUCAGCAGCUGGUGCCGAGGGCUUCUUCAAGAGCCCAAAAUUGGCCUACGCCGAGCGUCACUCAAAUUCCUGGCAUGCCGUUACACAGACACCAAGGCAUUCAGCCUCAGCUGGAUGGAUCUUGGCCAAGCGCUGCACAAAUCUUGUGAUGAACAAACACUGCCAGUGAUGUACAAUGACUAUGGAGAACCUAAAGAAAUUUGA